AUGACACUGGCCAUUGCCCUUCUAAAUGUGCAAUUAUCUUGUCUUUUCAUCGCAUUGUCCUCACUUCUACCUCAUCACACCGCUUCGACAACCUCCGAGGUGUCUCCCGUCGACCAGGGAGUACUUGACGAUACCCACGAGAUUUACGACCCGUAUACGAUAACGAACCCUCCGCGGCAGCGCCAACAGCAGCGACCCGCUCUUGAAUCUACAUUCUCUUCGUCUUUUCAACAAUUCCCUCAACCUCCUCCACCUCGACCUGCAAGCGCUGCGAGCGAUCACCGCCCGUUGCGUCGAGUCUCGCCUUUAGGAGAAAAUAAUCGACCAUCAUCGACAGCUCACCGCCGUGUCGCUUCAGUUGAUGCAGCUUUCCGUCCUCAGCGCGACCGAAGUUACGUCCAACAACCAACCAAUCCAGUAAUUGGUCGUCGUGUACGCAUAGCUGGUGUUACUUCUGCUGAUAUCGCCCCGGCGCUUUCUGAAGCAGAGACCGAACCCGGUGCGUCUAUCGCAGGCGACUCGGUCACUCAACUCGACGAAUCGUACUGGCCGUCACGGUCCAGGAGAGUCUCGCCGCGCACCGCAUCUGCAAUUCGUUGGGCGCUGGAAGAGGCCAUUCGAAAGCCCUUUCCUUUCACUCCUGUGCUAGAAGAAUUGAACGCUCCCAUGUCAGAGUUAGUGAGUUCGACAGGGCUGGGAACAGGACCUCAAACUCGUCCUCAGAAUGGAGGUUCACGUCCAGUUCAGGCUAGGCCAGUACACACGCAAGUUCCAGCAGGUGUACGAACGCCUACAGAUAUCAUGAGGGACCGCCGAGAUCGGGAGGCCAGAAAGAAAGCAGAAAAGGAAGCACAUGAUCGUGAACUUGAAGUACAAGAGCAAACAAAGCAACAAAUACAACAACAGUAUGCUGCCGCCGCUGGCGCUGUCGCGGGAGAAGUCCCUGCUCAGCGAAGACAGCCAAAUGUACGCCAACCAGCAGCAGUCGACCCAACCAUCCAUCCAGACCAGCCUACAUCCUACCCACCACCGUCAGCUGCGGCUGCCAGAAGGGCAGAAGCUGCUCGAGCUCCUGCUACCCAACGAGCACCACAAAUGAGACCGCCACCAUCCACAUCCCAACAACCGGCUCCAGCCGUGGCUGCAUCAAGCACAUACCAACAGCCUCACUCUCAGUCGCAACCACAAGUCAGACAACCAUUGCCUUCACAAGCUUCUCAGCCCGCUCCUGGCGAAUCACAAGCUCCUCAAAAUACAAGCCAAGCUCCAGCUCAAGACCAGCUGAAAAGGACUACCUUUCCUCAUGCAUUCGAACGAUGGGAAACACUGUCAUCUCACUGGGAGGGUUUGACUGGUUAUUGGAUUCGCAAACUGGAGCAAAAUAACAACGAACUCAGCCAGGAUCCGCUCAAUCAGCAGAUGGCUCGUCAGAUCAACGAUCUAUCUGCUGCAGGCGCAAAUUUGUUUCAUGCAGUGGUAGAACUGCAGCGUCUUCGAGCAUCAUCCGAAAGACGCUUUCAGCGAUGGUUCUUUGACACUCGCUCAGAACAAGAGAAAGCUCGAGAAGUACAAGCCGAUCUUGAAAGACAAGUGGCAGGACUCAAACUCGAGCGUGACGACGUCGUUGAGCUUCGCCAGAAGGCCGAUGCAGACCGCAAGAGAGCGGAAGAAUUGGUCAAAGAGAUGCGCCGUGAGCUACAAAUUUCCAAGGAAGAGGCGAGAAGAGCCUGGGAAGAACUCGGUCGCAGAGAGCAGGAAGAACGAGACCGAACAGCUUCUCUGCGCAACGGUGAGCCUACAGUAGUGGGAGGUGUCCAAGUGUUGCCUAUGAUCGCCGGUAUGCCCAGUCGACAGAACAGCAGUGCCAAUCGGCCAUCAACACGCGAGGGACCAUACCCCAGCGGUCCUACUGCGUCUAGCAUGGGUGGCCAACCUGAAACUCACGAACAAGACCCCUAUAACGAAGAGCCAUCUUUAACUGAGACGGAUCCUUUCGUUGAAACAACUCAGCGACCUGGCCAGGGCUAUUCAACUUCGACUGCACGCCCAGCAACCUCAUCUUCUACUGUUAUCGGAGGUACACCCACUUCACAACCUCCCAUCACUACAGGCGCUUAUGAUCCAUCCGGUCGAUUUUACCAACAUGGUGGAUCAGCCCUUCACAACGAACCCGAACCCGAUGCCCGUUCCUACGUAGCCAGCACAGAGGGCAGCGAACUCGAAGACUAUGGUACCGUGACGCACCCUGACUACCGCCACGAUCCUCAGCACGGAUACGCAGGUAGCGAGGGAUACGACGACGAAGAAGAAGAACCAUACGACCCUGCCUCUUAUCCUCCCGGCACAUCAGCCGCUUCUUCCGUUCACGGCUACGGCCAGGGCAAUGUUGACUAUAGCGGCUCUGGAUGGGGCGGUUGGGACUCUAUAACCCCUCGACACCGCCAUCCGACGCGUCUAAGUGACGUAUUAGAGGAGGAAGAUGAGCGGAGUCGAACCAGUCCCAGUCGUGCCAGUCAGGCGAGUCGGGGUUUGCACUAA